CUGACCUCAGUCUUUUAGUGUUCAUGUGAACAUCUCUGGUUGCUAACAGCAUCAAAGAUGCCUGGGCUCUAACCAGAUCUUUUUUUUUUUUAUUUUUGUUUUUAUAAUCAGAAUCUCACAUCUGCUAAACUCUCCCAGCUAACCCCUUCCUCAUCACCUGAUACAACGAAUGCAGCUAGAACAAUACAAACAAACAAAAAUACACCCUAAAGAUAUGAAGCCUGUUAAAACGAGCCGAUGAGCUUUCCAGGAGGAGCCAGGGAGAGGUGAAGCCACAAGGAGGCUGAGGGCCCAUGGGAAGAGUUUCAAGAACAGGCUCUCUUCUCCAGAACCAUGCCAGAGAUGACAGAGAAUGAGACACCUACUAAGAAGCAACAUCGAAAGAAAAACCGGGAGACACAUAAUGCAGUGGAGAGACAUCGAAAGAAGAAGAUUAAUGCUGGGAUAAACAGAAUUGGAGAACUCAUUCCCUGCUCUCCAGCACUUAAGCAGAGCAAGAACAUGAUCCUGGAUCAGGCCUUUAAGUACAUAACAGAAAUGAAAAGACAGAAUGAUGAGCUGCUAUUAAAUGGAGGGAACAAUGAACAGGCUGAAGAGAUAAAAAAACUCCGGAAACAGUUGGAUGAACUGCAAAAGGAAAAUGGGAGAUACAUCGAACUACUGAAAGCAAAUGAUAUUUGCCUGUAUGAUGACCCUACAAUCCACUGGAAAGGAAAUCUCAAAAAUGCAAAGGUCUCAGUUGUUAUUCCCAGUGAUCAGGUUCAAAAGAACAUCAUUGUCUAUUCUAAUGGGAGUCAACCCAAUGGAAAUAACCAAGGAGCACCUGUCCAGGGAAUAACGUUUAAUGUUGGUCAUAAUUUACAAAAGCAAACAGCCAAUGUUGUGCCAGUUCAGAGAACUUGCAACAUAGUGACUCCUGUGACGAUUGCUGGUAUUUAUCCCACAGAAAAUAAGCCAUGGUCUCAGCCUACAGUUUCUCCGCUGGCAUCUGCUCAGACAGCUCCAGCAGGGCACAUUCUUGAGCUUUCCACUCCGGAGAGUGAGCAAGGUGUGCUCACCAGUGCUGCUGCGAGCUCACAGAGUGCAUCUCAGUCUGGGACAGAACAGGAAUUACAGUGUUCUUCAAGUAAUGCACCACAGAAUGAUCAAAAUCUCCCCAAAAGUAAAAAUAAUGAGGAGGUCACCAAACCAACAAAGAAAACGCUCCUGCAGGGAAUCAGCCUUCCUUCCAGUGCCUCUGUGGAAGCUUCCCAAGUUCAACGGGUGAAUGCAACUUGCUCAGAUACAAACAAUUCCAGUGACCUCCAGGAAAGCUGUGUCAUUUCAGCCACAGACACAGCUUGUGUGCCACCUGUGAGACUGUCUACUGCAGAUAGCUUUUCCUCUGUAAAUGUCCUCAAAAGCACGGACGUAGUGAGCAGUGCUGGAGUGCCUGCGACUUCUGCAGCAGAAGGAGUUAAUAAGGCUGUGACGGCAAUAAGCACUCUGGCUGCCAGUCCCUUAGAGAACUGCUGGUCUUUUUCAGGCUCUUCAGGUGUUGGCACUUCAGACUUGAAAAAUAUGAGUAGCCUUACACGGAUGCCUUCAACUGGAAACACGCAGACCACGUGGACCACUUUGCAGCUGGCGGGAAAUACUGUCCAGCCACUAAGCCAAACGCCAUCUGGUAUAAUGACUGCACUACUAAACGAGCCAGCUAAUGGUGCUGGUACUGUGUCUUCUGCUCAGAGCAGGCCUUUGACUACCAGUAUCAGUUUGAAUGCUUCUCUGCCUGGGGAUGGCCAGGCAGCUGAACAGAUUGUAGUUACCUUGCCCUCAUGCCCACCCUUACCUAUGCAGCCUUUAAUCAGCCAGCCACAGGUUAAAACUCAGGCUGCAGGAAAUAUCCUUCCAUUAAAUUCAGCUAUGCAGGUGAUUCAGAUGGCUCAGCCAGUCGCGUCAGCUGUUACAGGAGCACCAGCUAACCAGAAUGUCAUCAUCCUCCAGCCUCCAAACCCCACUCCGUGCCCUCCGAUUGUGAGAGCAGAAGUUCCCAGCCAAAAUGUUAGUCAGCAAAUUGUAAUUAUACAGGCUGCUAAUCAGAAUCCUCUUCCCCUCCUCUCUGCUCAGCCUUCUGCUUCUGUAAGAGUUCCUGUAAACGGGCCGACUGCAGUUGCGAACUCUAGCAACUCCAUGCAAAAUGCUUCUCUUCCACAGACUUUUGGAGGGAAACACCUUGUCCAUAUAUUACCAAGACCAUCUUCUUUGCCAUCUUCUAGCUCUACGCAAACAUUUUCAGUUACAAUGUCCAGUCAACAGCAUCCUCAGACUAUCUCAUUAAAUGGGCAGCUUUUUGCAUUGCAGCCUGUGAUGUCCUCAUCUGGAGCUUCAAAUCAAGCCCCUAUGCAAAUUAUUCAACCCACCACCAGCGAAGACCCAAAUACCAAUGUUGCCCUCAAUACAUUUGGUGCUUUAGCCAACCUCAAUCAAAGCAUAUCGCAGAUGGCUGGGCAGAGCUGCUUACACUUGUCUCUCAGCCACCCCACCAAUCCCGCAACCAUCAAUAACCAGAUUGCCACAGUUAAUUGUGUGUCAUUACCAACUUCUGUGGCAUCUUCAGUGCCUGCAGAGGUUUCAGUACUAACCAGUGCAUCUAAUUCAAUAAAUGCUUCCCCCAAAAAGCCAUCUGCUGGCUUGCCAUCCAGUGCAAAAUCAAAAAGGACAAACAAAAAGCCGAGUACGAAGAAACAGCAAGCAGUCAAUAAUAAAGUGUCUUGCCCAGCAGUUCCUUGCAAAGAUGCAGGGAAGGUGGACUGUGUUCCUGUGGAAACAGUGGCAAAGCAUUCAAAUGGUGAAGGGCUGCUUGAAAACACUCCAGCAGUAUCUCAAGCUGUAACUACAUCACAGGCAAGCGGUGUGGCAGCAUCGAGUGGUGUCAGCAUUUCUGACUCUCAUUCCAAAGAGACUGCAAGCUCUGAACAGGCAGUGAAAAUGCCCUCUGUUCCCGAGCUGAGCUCAGCAGAGACACCUGCUUCUUCACCACUGGAGUCCAUGGUGCCAGAGCAGCUGCCACUUGUCCCCUCGGCUCCCAAAGAUGCUGCUCCUCGCCAGCAGGCACCUGGACCUCAGAACCACCCACCAACUGUCUCUGCCUUGUCGGAGUCUCCCAAACCUUGUGAACCCCCCAGCACCUUAACAUCCUCUUGUAGUGAAGCACAGGUGACACAGUCUCAGGUUGCUGGGACAUCAGCAGCACAGAGCAGCACAGCAAGUUCCAAGGCAGGAAUGAUUUCGGAAUCUUGCAACAUUGAGCAGGAUUCUUCAGUGGUAAUGCAAGAUGCAGACUUGUUAGAAGGACAGGGUCUGACCAAAAUGCUGUCUGAUCUCACAAAAGAAAGAACAGCUGUGGAAAAAACCUCUUCAUUUACUGUUCAGGGCGAGCAUUCUAAUUUUCCUAUGGAAAACUCCAAAUCAGCAGAAUCAAAUGGUGAUUUGCCCGAGAAGCAGGAACUCUUGCUAAUGAACUCUGAAGGUGACACUCUCUCCCAGCAUCACUCGUGCAUCUCUGAUCCAGAAGUAGUCAGUGCUUCCCUUAUUGCUAGCAGGCAGGCAGACUCCCCGAUGUCAACCAGCUCUGGCAGCAGUCGAGGCUUCUCAGUUGCAUCUAUGUUGCCAGACACCACCAGAGAAGAUGUCACAAGCAGCACGUCAACCAGUACCUGUAACAGCUGCACAUUUUCAGAACAGACUGACAUUGUAGCUCUUGCAGCCAGAGCUAUUUUUGACCAGGAAAACCUUGAGAAAGGUGGAGGAGGAAUACAGGUUAACACGAGGGAUGCUGUCUCUAAGUCAGCUGAGGUUGCACCGCUGGAGAGAGAGCAACAGCCUUUUAAACCUCAGUCAGUGAAAGAAAACAAUGCAGGGCCGUUGGAAGCGGCACCAAACAAAUUUGGUGCUCACGAUACAGCACCAGCAAGUGUUGAUAGGCAGGUUGAAAAGCCAAGCUGCUCCGUAGGAGGUGUGGAAACAUCGAACCCUUCUUUGCAGAUUUCCACCUCCCAGACACCAAGCAUAACCAGUCUAAGCGUCAAUAAUCUAAUACACCAGAGUCGCAUUGUCCAUCCCCUGGUGAGUUGCUCAAGUUUAUCCCAGCCUUCAGAGCCUGCAAGUGUCCCUGCAACUGUGAGCCUCUCCCUUCCAUCUAGCACAUAUAUCAAUCAGUCUCCGGGACCCGCUAUGAUGAGUGAAUAUGCUCAGGAACAACUGAAUGCCAUUAGGGCAAGCACCAUGCAGGCUCCCCAGCUGCAGGAGUCACACUUGAAGCAUCAGAGUCAUGAAGGUCGCAAAGACUCAGCCAAGCGGGCCGUUCAAGAUGACCUUCUGCUUUCUACAGCAAAGAGGCAAAAGCAGUGCCAGACAGCACCCAUAAGGCUUGAGGGGAUGGCAUUGAUGAACCGGACACCAGAAAGUAUUGCUGAUCAAACACAGAUGCUGGUCAGUCAGAUUCCUCCUAAUUCUUCCAAUUCGGUGGUGUCAGUAAGCAAUCAAGGACACGCUGAUGGUCUCAAUAGGUUAUUUCCAUCCAAUAGCAAUUUUGUAACACCAGCUUUGAGGCAAACUGAGGUUCAGUGUGGUUCUCAGCCAUCAAUUUCAGAGCAGCCAGGCCAGUCAGGGCAGCACUUGCAGCCAAUUCAACACGUUCCUUCUCAAGGCAUCUCUCACCUUCACAGUAAUCACCCAUACUUAAAGCAACAGCAGGCUGGUCAGUUAAGAGAGAGGCACCACUUGUAUCAGCUGCAGCACCACGUCACUCACGGGGAAAACUCAGUCCACUCUCAACCCCACAGUGUCCACCAACAGCGAACAAUACAGCAGGAGGUGCAAAUGCAAAAGAAAAGGAAUCUCAUCCAGGGAACACAAGCCACACAGCUUUCCCUACAGCAGAAACACCAUGGAAGUGAUCAAACACGGCAAAAGGGUGGUCAGCCUCAUCCUCACCACCAACAAAUGCAGCAGCAGAUGCAGCAGCACUUCGGAGCUUCCCAGCCUGAAAAGAACUGUGAAAAUCCUGCAACAAGCAGAAACCACCAUAACCACCCCCAGAGCCAUAUAAAUCAGGAUAUUAUGCAUCAGCAGCAACAAGAUGUUAGCAGCAGGCAGCAAGGUUCCGCUUCUGAACAUGUUUCAGGGCACAAUCAGAUGCAAAGACUUAUGACCUCAAGGGGCUUAGAGCAGCAAAUGGUGUCCCAGGCAAGCAUCGUAACCAGACCAUCAGAUAUGGCAUGCACCCCUCACAGGCAGGAAAGAAACAGAGUUUCCAGCUACUCUGCUGAGGCCCUCAUUGGGAAAACGCCCUCUAAUUCAGAGCAGAGAAUAGGAAUAUCUCUUCAAGGCCCUAGGGUUUCUGACCAGCUUGAAAUGAGAAGUUAUCUUGAUGUUUCUAGAAAUAAGGGGUUGGCAAUUCAUAAUAUGCAGGGCCGCUUAUCUGUUGACCACACAGUUGGCUCAGAUGUGCAGCGUCUUUCUGAUUGCCAAACAUUUAAGCCCUCUGGACCCAAUCAACAACCAACGGGCAAUUUCGAUGUUCAGGCUUCAAGAAACAGUGAAAUUGGCAAUUCUGUGUCAUCCCUCAGGGGCAUGCAGUCGCAAGCGUUCCGAAUCGGUCAAAAUACUGGGCCUUCCAUAGAGAGACAGAAGAGACUGCCCUACCAGCCAGUACAGGGUAUUCCAACGGGGAAUACACUGCCAUCAAGGGAAAACGAAAACACGUGCCACCAAAGUUUCAUGCAGAGUUUGCUCGCCCCUCACCUUGGAGAUCAAGUCAGUGGAAGCCAAAGAUCAAUCCCAGAACAUCAAAGGAACACACAGUGUGGCGCCUCCUCCACAAUAGAGUACAACUGUCCCCCAGCGCGAGAGAGCGUCCACAUCCGAAGAGACGGUGAUGGCCAGAGUAGGGAAAGCUGUGACAUGUCUAUCGGGGCAAUUAACACAAGGAACAGUUCUUUGACUAUUCCUUUUUCGAGUUCUUCUUCCUCGGGAGAUAUUCAGGGUCGCAAUACAAGCCCAAACAUCUCUGUGCAGAAGUCCAAUCCCAUGAGGAUGACAGACAGUCAUGGAACUAAGAGCCACAUGAAUACGCCCGUUUCUAGCAACAUGCAUGGAGUCGUGAGGCCAACUCACCCUCACCCUGCAGUUUCUCACGGAAAUGGUGAGCAAGGGCAGCCUUCUGUUCGUCAGCCAAAUUCUUCAGUUACUCAGCGGUCAAGACAUCCUCUGCAAGACAAUGGAGGUUCUAAAAUACGUCAACCUGAAAGGAAUCGAUCUGGAAAUCAAAGACAUGGAAAUGUUUUUGACCCUAGUCUUCCCCAUCUUCCCCUGUCCACCAGUGGCAGUAUGAUCCUUGGGCGCCAGCAGUCCGCAAUAGAAAAAAGAGGAAGCAUUGUCCGAUUUAUGUCUGAUGGCCCUCAAGUGUCUAACGAUAACACAGCCCCUGACCAACAUACUCUCUCUCAGAAUUUUGGAUUCCCUUUUAUUCCAGAGGGUGGCAUGAAUCCACCAAUAAAUGCCAACGCCUCUUUCAUCCCACCAGUCACUCAACCUAGUGCCACUCGAACACCAGCUCUAAUCCCAGUUGAUCCUCAGAAUACACUGCCGUCCUUCUAUCCACCUUACUCUCCUGCCCACCCUACCCUCUCCAAUGACAUUUCUAUCCCUUACUUUCCCAAUCAAAUGUUUCCUAACCCAAGCACAGAGAAGCCAAGUAGUGGAAGUUUAAACAAUCGAUUUGGAUCCAUUUUGUCUCCUCCCAGGCCUGUUGGUUUUGCUCAGCCAAGUUUUCCUUUGCUUCCAGAUAUGCCGCCAAUGCACAUGACCAACACGUCGCACUUAUCCAAUUUUAACUUAACGUCUUUGUUUCCAGAAAUAGCCACAGCUCUUCCUCCAGAUGGUUCAGCAAUGUCGCCUUUGCUUUCCAUUGCAAACACAUCUGCUUCAGAUUCUUCCAAGCAGUCCUCAAACCGACCUGCACACAACAUAAGCCAUAUUUUAGGUCAUGACUGCAGCUCAGCUGUAUGAAAACCAAUAGACUGACUUCUAGUCUGAUGCGUUGUUUAUAUAUUUAAGAAGAAGAGAGUGGAGACCAUUCAUAGCAUCACUGUUUAUUUGCCUAAAUGGCUUUUUCUGAACCCUGCCGAGACCAGGAUGGAGAAAUAUUUCAUUCCCCUCCUUGAACAUGGCAAUUUCUGUUGAAGUUCUGUGUGAGUCUUUUUACAUGCCAUAAGUGAUGCUAAAUGAUCCUGUGGCCCUGGUGUGGGAUCAGGAAGGCUGCUGUGAAGAGAAAGGUAGGCAGACCACUCGCUGAGAGCUUUGUAUGAACACAUUCGUCCAAAUUCUGGUAUUUGCACUGCAGACUGGCUUUUAGAUAACUUUAUUAAAGAAAGAUUGGCUCUGUUGUGCAGUCUUUUGGUCUAAUUGCCUGUCCAAGAUGGGCUUUGAAUGCUGAAUCUGACCUGGUCCGCUGGUUUGAGAUCAGCCUGUGCAUUUCAGCUUCUCUUGUUCAUUCUCUUCUGCCUUCAGGAAGAACAGUGGAGGGACUGGAUAUUUCACAUCAAAAGAGAGGGAAUUAGAUGUUAAGUAAUUUCUGUUAGAUUUUAAUUAUUAAAUUGCUUUGGGUUUUUUCCUUAUCACCAUAAAUUAAUCCCACCUGCCAUUCCAUAUCGACCAGCCUUCUUGCACUUAGUUGUGAAGGUCAGUUUGUGCCACUGACGGGUCAGUGGCUCAGUUCCUUUAGCAGGGCUCUGUUCUGGGGAAGAGGAGCAAUUGCAACAUCUUUACCAUGGAGUGGAAACAAUUGCUUCUUUAUUUUUCCUUUCUCCUACCCUUGAACCUGUUGUGUUUAGCUAUCAGGUUGAUAAGGCUCGUUUUACCUCAAUCUGUGCCUGGGAGAGUAGUUUGAAAAAGGAGCUUCUGUAAGUUUUGCAGAUUGAAUGAUUUUGUUUUACUUGUUAUAACAAUUUGAUAAGCAAAUACAUGUUCUUCAGCAAACAUCUAUGACAACAGUUAUUUACCUUUUUCUCCUAAGAAUUACCUGUUCCCUUGGUUUUCAAGAUAUAUUUGUAAAAGACUAUACUUGGAAAAGUUGCAAUUUGUUAGCCUGAGAAUGCCAUUUUCUCUUCCAUAAUAUGUUUUUGAAGGUUACUUAUAUUAAGACGGGGUUUGUUUUGGCUUUGAAGGAAGGAAAAAUACUCAGUAUUGCUUAAUUUAGCAAAAUAAGCAGUGGAAGGGAAAGGUUGGGCACUACCUCUGGGGUGAGAUUGCCAAGCUGACAAGCAUUGUGUGGCUGUGGCUUUCAGCUUGGCCUAAAUGACUUCAACAAAUAGUACUGGGCUGGAUUGCAUGUAUGUCAGUGUAGUCCAUGAUCAAUCCCUUAAGCAGCCUAGGAAUAAGAACAGAGACCGGCUAAGUUGAAAGCAGGCAAUAAAAUAGUAUUAAUACUGCAUUAAUAUUUAUACACCUUUUCAUUGAGAGAAAAGACCUCAUUUAAGAACAGCUAAGGGAAAUGAGAACUGAAGUGAUUUGAGCUGGUGGCUGAGCCUUACUGGAAUGGGUUUUCCAGCUCCUGCUCCCAGCUCCAGUCACUAUGCUGCUGCCCAGGUGGAAGAGCACCUCUCUGAAAAAAAAUAAAUACUGUGCUAGUCCAGAGCCUCCUGAAUUUUGCACAGAUUUCCUACUGCACUUUAAAACUGCGCUGGUGCUGCUGUGGUUGGUAACUGUAGUGCUGUUGCAGGAAACAGACUGUGUGGCAGGGCAACGGUAGAGGGCAUUGCUGGAGAAAAUGGGCCAUUUCAUUACUUCUGGUCUCCUGUUGUCUUUUUACGUUAUUCUGAGGUACUUGUGCAGCCCUGGUUCCAGGACUCCGUCACAAACUCAUGCUGUUUCUGGAUGACUGAGCGUAGUCAGCUUUUGCCAUUCCCCUAAUAAGUUUCAUGCUCAUCACUUUAAUAAUGAUCCCACUUUACCUGGCAAGACAGAAUAGCAUUGAGUCUAUUUAUAACAAAUCAGUCAAAUUUGGGUUGUUUUCUGAUACAGUGCUAUAAGGAGCUCCACUCUUUAUCAUCACCUGGCCUGUUAUUGUCCACCACUGGUCCUUUCUCCCGCUGCCAUGAUCCAGCAUGGGUAGCAGUCUCAUGGACAAGAGUGCCAGUGCAGAGACAGGUUUGCAUGUGAGGGUGUUUUCAACUUCUACUGCCUCUGCAAUACCAAGUAAAUCUAAAACCUCAGAGCACCAACACUUUAUUGCCACUAGUUACACUGAGAGCAAGUUACUCUAUGAACUGGUAAAAGAUGCAGUGGAGUUUUUUGGUCAUGACAAUACAAAUUCAUAUUCUCUCUGCAAACAAACUCUGCUUAGUUACACAAAAGCCAUUUAUUACAUACUGAUACCAGUUUUUAUGAGAUAAAUUUAAAAAAAAAAAAGGCAUUUCUUUCUGCCACACCAAAAUUAUCUUUACAAGCAGGUUUCCAAGUUUGCAAUAUGUGCUGCUGUUCCAGCAAUCACAAGUGUGAAACAGUGGAGCUCAUGGUGGGUUGGGCCCUGUUCCUGCCUGCUCACUGUGAGAAGGGAAGCAAAUACGGAUUUUGCCACAGGAGAUUAAUCAAAGAUGCUGUUGCCCUCCACCGUGUAAAUUAUUUAUAUUCAGUCCAGAGUUUUCUGCUGUGCUUCUGUUUUAUACAGCUGUAAAUGACUUGGAUACAGUCCCAGUGGAAAGUCCUUACUAUUUUGUAAUGGAAAAAAGGAACUCUGCAGUAGAAAUCUAUAAUGAAUGAACAGGAACAUCAUCUUCCAAUUGUAAAUAAGAUCUUACUCUGUUUAUUUUGACAUCUUUUUACAAACAAAUGUGUUACAUUCAGGUGUAAAUAUCCCAAACCAUGAUCUUGUUCAGAGUUCUGAGAUUUCUAUUGUUAAAUGUAAUACUUUGUUUAAUAGUUGUAAUAAUUAUUUGUAUAGAUAUGAACAUAAUAGUAUUUUAUUAAAAAAAAGAGAAAAACA